AUGAAGGGGCUGCAGAAACCCUCAGCAUCUGCCCUGGCACUGCUCCUGGCAGCAUCCUUCGUCACCUUCUCCUGGAGUGCCCCUCAGGCUCAUUUUCAAAGGAGAAACUGGACUCCUCAGGCCAUGCUGUAUUUGAAGGGUGCACAGGGACGUCGCUUCAUUGCAGAUGAGAGCCAGAGGAAGGACCUGUAUGACAGAGUGCAGCUGGAAACACGCAGCCAUAACACAAAUCCUUUAUCCCUUUCUGAAGCUGCUGUGCUGUUCCUUACUUCCUUACAGAAAGCACAGGAAGUGGAAGAAGAAAACAGUGAACAUCCUGGCUACUUGACAGACAGUCUAAUAAAGUGGUGA